AUGUGCGGGGGGGUGGAGAAAUUGAGCAGGGGACCGGAGGCUUCGGAGGGUCACGCCGCCAUGGACGGCGCUGGGAUGUGUAAGGCGAAGAAGCUGCAGGGAUCGGUGCUGCUCGAGAUGGCGGCGGCGGACGAUCUCCCGAGCUUCCGCCGCGCGGUGGAGGAAGCAGGUCUGGACGUAGAUCUGCCGUCCCCCUGGUACGGGCGAUGGGGGCGGAGGAUGGCCUUCGAGGAGCGGACCCCGCUCAUGAUCGCCGCGAUGUACGGCAGCUCCGCCGUGAUGGAGUACAUCCUCUCCACCUGCGCCGCCGACGUCAACCGGGCCUGCGGAACAGACAGGUUCACGGCCCUCCACUGCGCUGCCUCCGGCGGCGCACCUUCCUCCAUUGACGCCGCCAAUCUGCUGAUAGCCGCCUCCGCCGACGUCGAGGCCGUCAACGCCGCCGGGAAAAAGCCCGGGGACCUCAUAUCGAGGAAAUUCUUCCCCGGCGGGUCUUCCAAGCUCAGAUCCCUGGAGUUGCUCCUCAAGGCCGCCGCCCACGGCGGUAGCGGCGCCGCCUCCCCUCCGAGGAAGGACUACCCGGCGGACCUGACCCUCCCCGACAUCAAGAGCGGCAUCUACGGUACCGAUGAGUUCCGCAUGUACUCCUUCAAGGUGAAGCCCUGCUCGAGGGCCUACUCCCAUGACUGGACCGAGUGCCCCUUCGUCCACCCCGGCGAGAACGCCCGCCGGCGAGAUCCUCGUAAGUACCACUACAGCUGCGUCCCCUGCCCGGAGUUCCGCAAGGGCAGCUGCCGCAACGGCGACGCCUGCGAGUACGCCCACGGGGUGUUCGAGUGUUGGCUCCACCCGGGGCAGUACCGCACUCGCCUCUGCAAGGACGAGACAGGCUGCACCCGCAGGGUCUGCUUCUUCGCCCACAAGCCGGAGGAGCUCCGAUCUCCCGCCGCCGCGCACUGCGGCGCUGGCUCCCCCGGGUUGCCGCCUCUGGACAUCGCAGCGCCCGGUUCCUUGAUGUUGAAUCAGCAGCAGCAGCAGCAGCAGCAGCAGCAGCCGAUGUCUCCGACGGCUGUUUCGUCGGCCAUGGCGGCGGUGUGGAUGAACCAGGGCGGAGGGAUGCUGACGCCCACGCGGCAGCUCCCCAGCAGCCGGCUGAAGACGAGCUUGAAUGCCCGGGAGACGGAGAUCGACAUGGAACUGUUGGGCCUCGAAGGCUACCAGAAGAAGAUCAUCGAGGAGAUGGCGGGGCUUUCUUCUCCAUCCAGCUGGAAGAGCUCCCUGGCCGAGGAGUACGACUCGCCGGCGUUGCUCUCGCACCUCCAAGGGCUCUCUCUGAGGCAGUCCGCCGCCGCCGCUGCUGCCGGUAGCGCUGCCUCCCAUUUCCAGACGCUCUCCGGAAUCGGCAUGACCCAGCAGCUGUACUCUCAGCAGCCCCUGAGGGCUUCGCCGCCUUCCUCCUCCUUCGGCCUCGACCACUCCCUAGCCGCCGCCGCCGCCGCCGCCGCCGUGAUGAAUUCCAGGUCGUCCGCGUUCGCCAAACGGAGCCAGAGCUUCUGCGACCGCGGAGCGGUCAGCCGCUUGUCUGGCAUGGCCGCGGCGACGACGGCGCCGCCGCCUCUCUCCGGCUGGGCCUCCCCGGACGGCAAGCUCGACUGGGGCGUCCAUGGCGACGAGCUCAACAAACUGAGAAAAUCCGCCUCCUUCGGAUUCCGCGGGAACGGUGUAGUCCGGCCGGAGUCAACGCUCUCGGCCGCCGUUGACGAGCCCGACGUCUCGUGGGUCCAGUCUCUGGUGAAAGACGCGCCGCCGGUCUCCGGCGGCCUCCGCAUCGGCAGCUUCGACGAGUUCCGCCCCUCGGAGGCCUUCUCCCCCUGGGCUGACCAGUUGCUGUACAUGGAGCAGGAACAGAUGGUGGCAUGA